GACAAACUGGACACAUUCAUUGUGAAUCCAUGAGAAUCCAGUUGGAAGAAGGGAUUAGAGAUCUGGAAAGUGAAUUGGAGAGGGUCAAAAACACCCAACAAGAGAGUGCUUCUCGUAAAGAAGCAACUCAGGGAGGGAUGGAAAUGUACAAAGAGCUGUAUGUGGAGGAAGUGAAAACCAGAAGAUGCCUUGCCAAGAAACUGGAAAGGCUGGAAAAGCUUCUGAGGAUAGAGAGCAGGAAACUCCGGGUUAAUGAAGAGAAAGGAAGUCAGUCCCAGCUGGAAGAAAUGAAGAAGAGAUAUUCUGAAAAGGUCAAGGAAGUUGAUAGAUUCCAAAGAGAGGUUGCUGAACUUUCCCAGCAGUUGGACAGGGAACGUGAACAGUGCACGCAGCUGGAGGCCAAAAAUCAGGCUUUGCAAGAAGAGCUGUCUGCCCUGCGUGGGGAGUGUGAGAACCUGGCCAUGGACAAAUGCCAGCUGCAAGAAGAGCUGGCAAAACUCCACCAUCAUUUGGAGACCAACGUGGUGGAUCGCAGCCAACUCGAACAGUGUAAAAGAGAGGUGGAAGAACAAGCAGACCAGGAAAUAAGACAAAAACUCCAGGAAGUCAAUGAGUUUUUGCAAGGGGGAAGGUGCUCAGAAAAGGAGUCACUGAAAUUCCAGUGGUGUGGGUGA